ACAUUUCAAGACGUUCUUCGGGAGAAUCCUCAUCUCCCUAUACCCGAGAUUUUUCAUUUAGCUUUUCUGCAGGCAGAUAAGCAACUUAAUCAAAAUGCGGGAAAGCAUUCCGGGUGCACAGCUAUCUCUGCCUUUUUAAGAUUGGAGGAUGUGACAGAGGUCGAUAAGGAUGUUAAUAAUAAGGAACCCGUUACCCAUAAGGAAACAAAAGAUUCUAAAAAGAAGUUUAAGCGCGUAUUAUAUACUGCAAAUGUUGGUGAUGCGCGCGCAGUUUUAAGUCGAAACGGUAAAGCGGUUCGAUUAUCUUAUGACCAUAAAGGCAGUGACCCUCAAGAGGCAAAGCGAAUUGUUGAUGCGGGUGGAUUCGUCAUGAAUAAUCGUGUCAAUGGUGUUUUGGCCGUAACACGUUCAUUGGGGGACAGUUCCAUGAAAGAAUUCGUCAUAGGAAAUCCAUACACUGCCGAAACGGUUCUAACGGAGAAAGAUCCCUUUUUGAUACUUGCUUGCGAUGGGUUAUGGGAUGUAUGCGAUGAUCAAGGUGCCGUCGAUCUCAUUAAAGAUAUUGCAGAUCCUCAGGUGGCAAGUAAGACAUUGAUUGAGCACGCUUUACAAAAGUUUAGCACCGACAAUCUAAGUGUAAUG